AUUAUGGCUGAUGAAUUAGCAGAAUUCUAUAAAGAGGUCUUAAAACUAAUAUCUCAUUUAUGUUUUGAAAAUAAAAUUACUGAAGAUCAAAAAUCAGAGUUAAAAAAGUUGAUUUUGGAAGAUGAAGAAUUUGUUGCUUAACUUAAAGAAGAAUAUGAUAUAGAAGGAUUAAGCGGAUUAGAAAAUAUCAUAAUUGGGGAUUCUAUUUCAAAUUCAAGUUUUAGGGAUUUAAUGGAUUUUAAUCAAGAAAAGAGGAAAAGGUCUUAAUCGUUAACAAUUUAAACAGACUCUUCGGAAUGAGUCAGUUCUAUUAAUUUUAGAAAAGCUAGC